AUGCCUUUCGAAUUAGACCAACGGCUACAGUUUCUUGAUCAUCGCCAACGUGUUCUUGAUAUAAAACCGCGAAUUGACUCAUCAACACCGAUUUCGUACUAUGCUAGCCCAAAAAUUUUCCCAGUUCAAAAGCGUAAUUUAAGGCAGUACUCAUCAUCCGAAAAAUUGAGCUCAUACCAGAAAAACGUUGCAUUAUAUGGUGGUUAUGUAAAAAAAAACUAUUCAUCAACGAAUAGUAGUUUAUACAGUAACUGCAAGUCAAAAGUUGCGUCAAUGAAGUGCUAUCAAGCACCAUUAUACCGUAACAAACAAAAUAAAGCGGAUGCCAAUGAAGCAGAAAAGAAAACAUCCACGGUCCCAGUUGUUGCAUCAGCAACAACCGAUAAAGGAAUUAAGUCCAGAAGAUGUAUGGACGAAUUUAAAGAUGCUAUUUUGACAAAUAUCAUAAAUCGAGGAGUUUUUAAUGAUCGGAUUGUGAUGGAUUGCAUCAAUGAUCAUAGUGUUAACAACCAGAUAUUAAGUCGAGCAGAACUUGAAGCCGUCACUCUCGAACUUAUUCACGACCUAAAUGUUUCGGUAGAUGAAGGUAUUAAAUAUGGUAUUGACAAGAAUUAUCAGCAUAAAAGCGAAGAGUAUGAUAGGAAAGAAUCGCUUGAAGCGUUUCAUUCAAAAUCGCUAGAAUCUUCAGCUUCAUUUGAAGAUGGUAUGCGUGUGAAUCGAGGAAAACUUUCUGCACCAAUUUUUACCGAGAAUCAAUCCGAUAACGAGGGAGAUAAUCAAAGUUUCAAAGUUUUAAAUUCUGGAAGAUCUGGACAUUCAGAAAGCUCACAUUCAAUUUCACCAACAACUUCAUCCAAAAAAUCGUCAAUAACAGAAACUUCAGCAACAGUUCAUUCAGGAAACAGUGAGAACAGUAUAUAUAGACCAUAA